UUAUCAGUCUCGUCUCUGAUACUGAAGCAGAUUUUUAGCUGGAACGAGCUCCUUAAGAUCAAGUAACUAUGUCGAAGAAAGUGGCUAUUAUUGGUGCAGGGUGCAGUGGCCUCGCAGCCAUCAAAUGUUGUGUAGAAGAAGGUCUGAAGCCUACAUGUUUUGAGCAGAGUGAUGGAAUCGGAGGACUUUGGAGGUUCACAGAAACUGUGGAAGAAGACAGGGCUAGCAUUUAUAAAUCCGUUUUCACAAAUACUUCCAAAGAGAUGAUGUGCUACAGUGAUUUCCCGAUGCCUGAAGAUUUUCCUGUAUACCUGCAUCAUUCCAAGAUCUUAGAAUACCUUCACCUGUAUGCAGAACACUUUAACCUCAGUAAAUAUAUUCAUUUUCAGACUAAAGUUUGCAGUGUAAAACAACAUCCAGAUUUUUCAACUACAGGAAAGUGGGAUGUUGAAAUACAAAAUGGGGGAAAGAGAGAGAUGGAUGUUUUUGAUGCUGUUAUUGUUUGCAAUGGACAUUAUACUGAUCCAUACCUGCCGCUAGACUGUUUUCCAGGUUUAAGUCAGUUCAAAGGCCGCCACAUGCAUAGUCGUUUAUACAAAACAUGUGAAGAGUAUCGUGGAAAAUCUGUUGUUGUUGUGGGAACAGGAAAUUCAGCAGGAGAUAUUUCUGUGGAACUCAGCCAUAUUGCAAAACAGGUUUAUCUAAGCACCAGAAAUGGAUCAUGGGUGGUUAGCAGAAUUUCUCAUGGUGGAUUUCCUAUAGACAUGAAAAUGUCAAGACGCUAUACUACGGGGAUCAAGAAUUUCUUGCCAAGAGGGCUCGCUGCUAAGAUAAAUGAGAAAAUUAUGAGCAGCUGGUUUAACCACUCAAACUUAGGUUUGGAACCUAAAUUCAGGCUAAAACAUCCAAUUGUAAAUGACUACCUCCCAAGCCAAAUAUUUCAGGGAUCGAUCAAGGUAAAGCCCAGUAUUAAAUCCUUCUCUGAAACCUCUGUCACCUUUGAAGAUGGAACUGUGGCAGAAGUGGAUGAAGUCAUUUUCGCUACAGGAUACAGUUCAACAUUUCCUUUUCUUGAUGAUGAUAUAAUCAAGCUCAAUAACAAUGAUGUAUCCUUAUAUAAGUAUGUGUUUCCAAUUUAUUUGGAAAAACCAACACUUGCUUUCCUGGGAUUAGUUCAACCCCUUGGACCUAUCAUGCCAACAGUUGAAAUACAGGCUCGUUGGGCAACCAGAGUUUUUAAGGGUGCUGCUCAGCUGCCAUCAGCCAAAAAGAUGGAAAACCACUGCAUAAAAAGCAAGGACAGGAACAAUAAAUGGUUUGGUGUGGGUAGGACUCAGGUCCUGCAAACUCAUUACAUCGAUUACAUAAAUGAUAUUUCAAUGGAGAUUGGGAUACAACCAAACGCAAUAUAUCUUUUCCUCACAGACCCGAGGUUGGCUUGGCAGGUGUUUUUCGGACCAUGCACACCUUACCAGCUUCGACUUAGGGGGCCUGGGAAGUGGUCUGGAGCCAGAAAUGCUAUUCUUACACAGUGGGACAGAACAAUAAAUCCAACUAGGACAAGGGUUUUACAUAAACAUUCUGAAUCCUGGAACAUCAAGACAUUGUUGGUCAUUGGCUCCCUGUUAACAGCUAUGUGGUUUUCAAGACAAAAUUUGCUAAAGCUAUAAAUAAGUUAUUUUUGUUUCUACUGUAUUGUUUGUGUCAUGUUUUUAAAUGCAUCUUCAUGA